GAUACAAGUUUUGUGUCUUUAUGUUUUGUUUACUUAUUACUAAUAAUGCAUAUGUGAGGGUGCUUCUGUUUUGAGCUGAUAUAUAUUUUCAGACAACAGCAAGCAAAACAUUCUCUUUUCAUAUUUCAACUGCUCACAAUGGGAGGUCACAGCAUUGCCCGUUUAGCACUCAUAGUCCUUUCUGUUGUCAUAUUCAUCAUCUGCAUCAUAUUCAAUGCACUUGCUGGACCGGGAAUUGGUCCUUUUCGGAACAACACUGGAUCAAUAUCAGAUAAAUACAAUACAGAAAUCACUCCCUCGGGAUGGACCUUCUCAAUCUGGGGUGUCAUCUACACCUGGCUGUCGCUCAUGCAUAUUUACAUCCUCUCCACUACCUGCAGGAGAACUGUUUAUGGUCCAAUGUACUGUCCCGCUGUGUUGCCGUAUGGAUUCUUCAUAACCUGGAUUGUAAACAUGACACUGAAUAUAGGCUGGCUUCUCCUGUGGGACAGAGAGGUGAUGAUUGCUUCAUUCAUUUUCCUUGCCUUGAUUGCAUUUACAAACUAUUUGUUGAUAAUCUUCUCCUGUCAUGGACUCAAACAAUAUGGAGCCUGGUUAAACAAAUAUCACAAAGUAGACCUCUGGUGCAUUCGGAUAUUGGUUCAGAAUGGAAUUGCAACAUACACAACAUGGACAACUAUUGCCACUCUGAUUAACUUCACUGUUGUGCUGAGUUAUGAUGCUGGAAUGACCCAGUCAGAUGCAGCGACAGUCUCUCUCUCUGUUCUUUUGGGUGAAGCUAUUUCUUGGUUUUUUGUGUUUGAAAAGCACCUGCGAUACAUUCUGACAGUCUAUCCUGUUGUCAUUGUGGCUUUGAGUGGAAACAUGACAAAGAACUUUAACUCUGCAGAUCCAAGCCGCAACGGCAUUUACAUAGCUGCUUUACUGGGGUUGGCUUGUACACUAUUUGCGAUCAAAGUAUUGCUGGUUAUAUGGAGGCAUAUUAAACAUCCUCUCUACAAAGGCAUGAAUAUAGAGGAGGUUAUAUCACCGAUGGAAAUCGCUGAAAAGCAGAAGAAGAUCUUCAGUUAA